UCUACGUACAUGUGCUAAAUAUAGCUACCAGCACCAACCAGUAACUAUUUUCCCAUAAAAUAAAUCAUUUCCCACCAAUAAUUACAACACUUCAUUCAAUUAGCAACCAAGUUAACCUCUAAGAUGGAGUCGAUAACUAAGAAGAUGGCAGAAAUGACCGAAAUGUUUAAUGCCAAGAUGGAUGAGUUCCAGCGUGAUUUAAAAAACAGCAAUCCCGCAACAAGGAUCCCACCCGAGAAGAUCGCGUCGGAUUUUCACGCUUUUAGAACCUUUGUCAUGUCAUCUUUGUCAUGCCUUCAGACACAAGUCAAUCUUUUGAACCAGCUUUAUGACCAGCAAGAGAUGCGGAGUAGACGCAAGAUGCUCUUAAUUCAUGGUGUUACGGAGACAAAAGAUGAAAAUCCUAGUGUAUGUGUAUCUAAAAUAAUAGCAGACCACCUUAAUGUAACUGCAGUUGUACCUGAGGCAUUCACCCGUUGUCACAGAUUGGGGAUAACAAAAAAUGACAAACCCCGUCCCAUCCUAGUUAAGUUCCAAGAUGUGAACCUUCGCAAUCAAGUUUGGCAAGCUAAGACGAAAUUAAAAGGUACAAGUGUAACGCUUUCGGAAUUUCUCACAAAGUGUCGGCAUGAAGUGUUUAUGGCUGCAAGGAAAAAUUUGGUGUGACUAAGUGUUGGACUAAUGAUGGCUCUAUUUUUGUGAUUAGCGCCGAUGGUGCUCGCCACCGGAUAAGCACAAUUGCUGAAGUAGAU